UUCAUCUGAAAUUUGUGGAUGUAGUCCAGACAAGAAUUGAAAAAUUGGAAUACCAUUUCAUCAGCAAUGUCGCAAAAUAAAUGAGAUCUAUUUGUUCACAAUUUGUGCACGUAGCACGAUUAGCACGGUCACGAACCACAUCCACGUUCUCGUACUAUGAUUUGAUCGACAAUGUUAUAAGAUAGACGUGGUACGUAGUUCCUUUUUUGAAAACAUGGACGUGGGACGCUAGUGUACAGGGAUGAUCGUCGGUCCCAUUCAAAAAGCCGGCGUGGCCCGCAUGGCCUUUCUCACGCUUCUGUCUGGUCGAGCAAAUAUGUGAUCUGUUUACUAAAUGUUUCAAUGCGCUUUUGACGCCAUAAAAUAUAUUUAACAUGGGCGAGGAUGUGUUGCAAAAUUGGAGUCCUUACGCCAAAGAAUACAACCCUUUAAAGGCAGGCAGUAUCGAUGGAACAGACACGCAGCCUCACGACAAGGCUGUCAGCCGGGCGAUGCUGAUGCACUACGAGCCACCGCACAAUCUGGAAUCUAAGGUGGAAAGGACUAUUUUUGUAGCUAGGCUUGGUCCCAAAAUCACUAAUUAUGAUCUGAAAGAGGUGAUAGUGAACGUGGUGACUGGACUCUCUCAAGGGUACGGUUUUGUGGAAAUGAAAAGCGAGGAGGAAGCUAGAAGAGUUUUGAGACGAACUACCGAUGCCACAUUAAAGGGAUACAAAAUAUUUAUCGAUUACGAAUGCGGUCGCAGCAUGAAGGGAUGGAAGCCGAGGAGGCUUGGAGGUGGUUUCGGUGGCAAAAAGGAGUCGGGGCAAUUGAGAUUCGGAGGGAAGGACAGACCGUUCAAACGACCGAUUGUACCUAAUGUUUUAAAGCCGAAAAGAUAAACGGCCUCUACUGUGACAUUUACGACACCACCGUUUCCAUCCACCGUAUCUAUCUUUUUAUUCCUACCUCUUCAUUUAUUAUUUCGACACGUUAAUAAAGCAACAUACAGAACGCGUACGUUCUGUCAUUCUUCGGCAACUUGAA